AUGGAUUCUGCGCUGAAAUUCUGCACCGUGUGUGCAUCCAAUCAGAACAGAUCUAUGGAAGCACAUAAGGUGUUGAAGGAUGCUGGCUACGACGUGCACUCUUUCGGAACCGGGUCAGCAGUCCGGCUGCCCGGACCUUCAAUUGAUAAACCCAAUGUUUUCCCCUUUGGAACGCCUUAUGAACAAAUAUAUAAAGAGCUGAUUGCACAGGAUCCCAAAUUGCACACGGCCAAUGGAGUACUGAGGAUGAUUGAGCGCAACAGAGACAUCAAGAGAGCCCCAGAACGCUGGCCGUAUGUGGGGCAAACGAAACCGUCGUCGAAUAGUGGUGGCGAUUCAAAGUCUAGAUCGUCUACUCCACCAGGUUCUGGCCUACCGAGAGAUUUGGAUUUCAACGUGAUUUUCACAUGCGAGGAACGGUGUUUUGACGCAGUUAUCGAGGAUUUUUUGGCCAGAAACUAUUUUCAUCCAGACGAGGGAUUUGGUGAAAUAGUUCACGUGAUAAACGUGGAAAUAAGAGAUGACUACCAGAGUGCAUUGCUGGGAGGGCAGGCUAUCCUUGAGCUGGCGAACAUGUUGAACGAAGCGUAUCAAGACUCGCUGAAGAAUUACGAUGAGACGAGCGAGCCUUUUGCUGAUAGAGUCACGAGUAUUUUGGCUACGUGGCAGUCGAAAAAUCCGAACCAUCCCUCGUUGUACAACGUGUGCCUGAAUUAG